CGGGCCGCGGCCGGGCGGCACAAACCUUAGGGCACAAUCCUCUCCCAAAAGAUCCCUACCCUGACCCCCACCGGUGGGGGGGGGGGGGACGGGAGAAAGAUUACUACCAGUUCACGCCGGCUAGAUCUGCACUCCCCACCCUACCAGACCCUGACGGGCGAGAAGCUGGAGGACGCAGAGAGGGGGUAAAAGACAAGAAAGAGAGAGAGAAUUGCUGAGAAGGAGAAAAUGUCUGCUGCCCCCCGAGUCAUUGCCGAGCGGGGAUUGCGGCCCGCUUCCGACUGAAACGAGACCUGCGGGUCUACUGAGCAUGCCCGUCCCGCGGCCGCCGAGCGUCGCUCCGGUUCCGAGCUCCGGGCUUUCCUGGCGGCCAACGAGGAAGCUUUUUGCACUCCACCACCUCUGGCGGCUGGGAAGACGUCAUCGCUUCCGCCCUACUUCCUCCUCCUGUUGGCGGCGGUGAGAAUCCAAUAUGGAGUAAAUCGGUGGAGUCGAGAGAUGGGGCUCGGACGGGGCGCCCUGCACCGCCUCCCAGGCGCACCUCCCCCGGCCUCCGGCCGCUCCCCGGAACCGUGAUUGGCCAAGCCCCCCGGGGGCGACCCAAGGCUGAGCCCCCACCGGCUGCUGGCCCUCUCCCGCUCUCCGCAGUCCCCGCCGCUCCACGGAGAGCUUGUUUUUCUCCUCCUCUCCCCCACCGCCGUCCCCUGCCCAAAUCAUUCCCCUCUGCCCGCUUCCGAACCCCGAGCCCCCGCCCGCCUCGACCCUCGGCGCUGCGGCGCUCGCUCCCCCCGACCCAAGCUUGCCUGUGCACCCCUUCCUCCAGACCUCACCCCGCGCUCCGGUCACCCAGCUUCCCCUUCUGCCUUCUGCGGCGCCCCCUUCAUCUUUAGCACCCCCCCCGCCCCCACCAAAUCAGGCGAUCUCCGGAGAUGUGAAGAAGGGGGGUGAGCGGACAGGAAGAUGAAGGGAGCAAAGCUGCCCGCCGCGGGACAGGCGUCUAGGUGAACAGGAAAAUGACCGAAGAAACACACCCGGACGAUGACAGCUAUAUUGUGCGUGUCAAGGCUGUGGUUAUGACCAGAGAUGACUCCAGCGGGGGAUGGUUCCCACAGGAAGGAGGCGGGAUCAGUCGCGUGGGGGUCUGUAAGGUCAUGCACCCCGAAGGCAAUGGACGCAGCGGCUUUCUCAUCCAUGGUGAACGGCAGAAAGACAAACUGGUGGUGUUGGAGUGCUAUGUGAGAAAGGACUUGGUCUACACCAAAGCCAACCCAACUUUUCAUCACUGGAAGGUCGACAAUAGGAAGUUUGGACUUACUUUCCAAAGCCCUGCUGAUGCUCGAGCCUUUGACAGGGGAGUAAGGAAAGCAAUUGAAGACCUUAUAGAAGGCUCAACAACAUCAUCUUCCACCAUCCAUAACGAGGCUGAGCUUGGUGAUGAUGACGUUUUUACAACAGCUACAGACAGUUCUUCAAAUUCGUCUCAGAAGAGGGAACAACCUACGCGGACGAUCUCCUCCCCCACAUCCUGUGAGCACCGGAGGAUUUAUACCCUGGGCCACCUCCACGACCCUUACCCCACGGACCACUAUCACCUCGAACAGCCGAUGCCAAGGCCCUACCGUCAGGUGAGCUUCCCGGAUGACGACGAGGAGAUCGUGCGCAUCAACCCCAGGGAGAAGAUCUGGAUGACGGGCUACGAGGAUUACCGGCACGCGCCAGUGAGGGGCAAAUACCUGGACCCCUCGGAGGACGCGGACUCCUACGUGCGCUUUGCCAAGGGCGAGGUCCCCAAGCAUGACUACAACUACCCCUACGUGGACUCCUCAGACUUUGGCCUCGGCGAGGACCCCAAAGGGCGCGGGGGCAACGUGAUCAAGACCCAGCCCUCCCGGGGCAAGUCCCGGCGGCGGAAGGAGGACGGGGAGCGCUCCCGGUGCGAGUAUUGUCGGGACAUGUUCAACCACGAGGAGAACCGGAGGGGCCACUGUCAGGACGCGCCCGACUCCGUGAGAACUUGCAUCCGCCGGGUGAGCUGUAUGUGGUGUGCGGACAGCAUGCUCUAUCACUGUAUGUCGGACCCCGAGGGAGACUAUACAGACCCGUGCUCGUGCGAUACUAGCGACGAGAAGUUUUGCCUCCGGUGGAUGGCUCUUAUUGCCUUGUCUUUCUUGGCCCCUUGUAUGUGCUGUUACCUGCCCCUGCGAGCCUGCUACCACUGCGGAGUGAUGUGCAGGUGCUGCGGCGGGAAGCACAAAGCGGCCGUGUGACGCGGUUUCCCUCCCUCCCCUUCCUCCAGCCACAGCCCCACGGGGACUUGUCUUCUUCAUCCUCUCAUCUCUCCCCGGCUCCCAGGUACCGGAGGCACCCUUCCAGCCUGGGGCCCCUGCCUGGUGGACGCUGCACCCCCGCCACCCUCUCUGCCCCGGCUCCACCCACGCACGCACACACAGUGUUCCAAGGAAGGGACCCUCCGCCUGGACGCUCGUGUAUUACUAACAGUCUGUAUAUUCAAGCUGACUAUCUCAUACAGGUGUCGAUUUCUCAUCCUUUCUCCCCACCUCUUCCAGUUCAAAGGCGCCUACAGUGGGAACUGCUGAUUUGGGGUGGGUUUUGUCGGUGGGUUUUUUUUCCCCCGAGAGCUGCGAAGACCAUCUUUGUCCUGGUUCAGCCUCCCUCUUGCGAACGCUUCCUCGGGUUCCUGUGGAAAUGGGAUGUCGGAAUGAUGAAAAGCCUCCCAGACGUCUUUUAACCUGCAGUCAGUUAUUAUGUAUAGAAGGUGAGCUACUUUAACUUCUCCCGAGAUCGCUUUAACUUUUCUGAAGCCAAACUUCCCAUGUGAUCUGCAUUUUCUCUCUUGAGCCCAUCAUCUCCCAUCGCCCCCCUCACUUCUCCCAAAAGCUGUCAUUCACUGAUAAAAACAUUUAAUCGUGAAAUGACUGAGAAUUGAGCCUUAACUUCAGAUUAACUUGGGAGAAUCAGGAAAAUUCUCUUAACUGCAUCACAUCCUCUCAGACCAGGGCUAGAAAGGGGAUUUCAGGUUUCUCUGAGCCUCCCCAGUUACCCCUAAAGUAGAACUUUUUAAAAUUAUGUCACCACCACUUGUAAAAAUUUAGCAAUAUUCGAAGAAAAUGCUCAUGAAGUAAGAAAUUCUGCUCAUGGUUUUGCAAAGCAAAUAGUCUCUUCAGGCACAAACCAGUGUUCUCCAACCACGGUCCAGUUGAGAAUCACUAAGGUUGUGAUAAAUAAAACUAUAGGAACUCCCCCCCCCCCCCCCCCCCGCCCCCAGUGGCUAUUUUCUAUUAACUGGGGGAAAUUUUAAAUACCAUCAAUUUGAAGAGUGGUGGGUUGCAUUUUGUUCAUGGGUUUGUGUUUGUGUUUUCAUUUUGGACUCAAUUUCUCAUCACCAGAUUCUUCAUUUAUACUUGGGGAAAACAAGGCCAUAUGUAAAAACCCUUCCGCUGCCUAAGUGUCUUUCUCCUGCAACUCCAAACCCAGACCUGCCACUUGGGGUGCACAGAUGGUUAGUUCAGCAGGCUGGGUCUACCCCUUUCGCCUUGCCACGUAGGAGGCUUCUGAUUAUUAGCUGGAAAAGAGUAUUUUUCUAAUAUAUUGCAAGGAGUAGCCAAGUCUUACUGCAGAAAGUAGAAUGGAGAGUGGUUACCUGUACCUGCCAUAGUACAAUCAGGGUGUCGUGGAGACCAUAGAGGACAGGCCUGUCAGCACUGGCUGUCCUUCCCACCAGGAUCUUCCUGUGGUCAUUUCCAGCCGAGGGCCUGGCCUCAUCCCACCCUCCCCGCUUCCCGCAUCCCUCCUCUGUGGCCACCAGGACAUCAGUCUCCAAGAAAAGGGACUUUUUUUCCAAUCUGCCAAUCGUAUUGGGAAAGUGCUAGCCACGCUUACCUUCAUGGGAAUGUUUUCAGCUCUCCUGAGAGCCCAUCGCCUUUCUUUCUCUGAUCAUCGAUGUAAAUACCCAGUGUGCUUCUGAGCUCUUUGGUAGACAUUUUCGUUAGGUGGAGCGACUGGUUGCGCCUUCCAGUUUGGGAAAGGAGCUAUUAAUCUGAUGAUGCAAGAAAAGAGCCGCUUCCCAGCCUGGAGAACAUCUAGAAGGGCUUCAGCCAGCCUCCCACCGCCAAGAGACCGUCUUUCCCCCCUGUCCUGAGGUAUUUCCUCAGGGUCUUUCUCAAGGUCUCCUCUCUACAAAGCACAACACUAAUGUAUGUUUGGUUAGACCUCAGUUCAAGUGCCCCUAUUUAUUUAGUAAGAAUACACACAUCCUGGCUGCUUUUUGUUGGUCAUCUCUGUCGAGUCAUCAUCUGUUUCUGUCUUCCUUUACCCCUUGUCCUUUUCUACCCCUCUGAAGAGGUAACGCUCGUGAAUCUUACUCCACGUAUCCUUUUUGGUUUGUGAAGAAGGUAGCGGUUAAGGGCACAAGGACAGCCAUGGGGACAUUUGUGUAAAUACGUCUCUCUCUAAUUGCCACACUGCAGCUGAACAUCAGCUUUGCCAUACUGACGUCAAUCAUCCAAGAGAAAUUAUUUCAGAUUUUAUUUUUGUAUCUGUGGUAACAAAGCAGUAACAAAAGAUCUUCUGUUUGGAAGCCCCUCCCCACCGCUGACCACCUCCCACCCCCCACCCACCAAGCUGUUUUGCUCACAUUAACAGAUUAAAGUGCCUGAAGCAUAAUUCCUUCUUUACCUGUGUACUAAAAGCCCCGUUGUAUUGAUUUUUUUAUAAUAAGCCUUUUUACCUCUGUGUAAAAAAUAUAUAUACAAGUGUAUGAUGUACAUUUUAGUUCUUAACCUUUUUUUAUGGUUUCUAAUAUGUAUGACCAAUGUAGCCAUUGCUUUACAAUGUACCAUGUAAAUAUAAAUACAUCCUAUCAGAUCA